AUGCGUCCUCCGUCGCGGUCUCGCCGGGUGGCGGCGGCGCCCUCACAGCCGCCGCCGUCGAACCACCGCAUCUACGCCUCGUUCUGCAACGACACAACCUCCAAUUGGGUCGAGUAUUACGACCCGUCAAGCAACGGGUUUACCCACGUGGGCUCGAUACCCGGAUUGGGCCCAAACUGCGUACUCAAGGACUUUGCCAUGGUUUCGUUGGGAGAGUCCAUUUACUUCAUCGGCGGGCGUGUGGUCCGCAAGGAGAGGCCCACGGCCCGCUUGGAGGAUGGGCUGGACGAUGAAGAAUUUGUCGAGGUGGACCUCGAGGUCCGGUCGACCGUCCUGCGGUACGACGUGGGGCGCGACAUGUGGGCCCAGUGCGGGCCCCUGUCCCAGCCACGUUGCUGCUUCGCGUGCACAGUGUGCGACGGCAGGAUCUACGUGGCUGGCGGGAGGUUCGACGUGGCCGGCACGCACGGGGUGUCGUCAGGCGAGGUGUACGAUCCGGUGUGCGACGAGUGGAGCCCGCUGCCUGACAUGAGCGUGUUGAGGUACAAGUGCGCUGGAGUGACGUGGCAUGGGAAGAUCUAUGUGAUCGGUGGGUUCGCCUCUCGUGGAGGAGAUCGGCAUAAUACCGGGAAGGUGACAGAGUCGUUCAUCUUGGAGCGGAGCUCGGCCGAGGUGUACGACACGAGGACGGGCAAGUGGCACGUGGUGGUGGGGAUGUGGCAGCUGGACGUGCCGCCUAACCAGAUCGUGGCGGUCAACGAGACGUUGUUCAGCUCUGGUGACUGUUUGAAACCGUGGAAGGGACACAUCGAAUCGUACGAUGGAGACAUGAACAUGUGGAAUGUUGUGGAUAAGUCGCACCUGCGGACUUGCAAUCCCCUUACUCAGCGGGUAUAUCUCACUAUGGCGCCUAUUGGAUCUCGACUCUAUUUCUUGGGAGGGUAUCGGACGGCUGCGGAGCCGUCACUUAUAAGAUCUAGAGUUUACAUGUUCGACACGUCAGUCGCGAGCUGUGAAUGGAUGAGUUUGGAGCCUAGUGAAGAAGAAGAGAAGAAAGAGCUAUGUAGUCAUUGUUGUGUGGUUCGGAUUUCUUAG